GAGGGAAGCGGAGCAGCGUUGGGCUUCUGCUGAGUUUGAUCUAGCUCAGAUCCGGUUGAUAGUGCAUCAAGAUUGUGAGAGAAGAGGGCGCCAGGUUCUCUUUGACUCCAAAGCAAUACAUAAACUGGAUGCAACGUGAAAACCUGGAAGGAGGAGGGAUGGCUGUCGCAGAGUCCUCGCUGCUACCGUUCUGCCAGGGGACGGUGUGGUCGCUGCCAGCCGCCAAGAGCCAGAGGAACCACUGCCAUCCACUGAGAAGGGAGGAGUGGUUCUGUCCGCCAGGGGUUGGAGGGCUCGCUGCUGUCCGCCGGGGUAGGUGUGAGCUGUCGUCCGCAAAGAAGGGGUGGAACAGUUGUGGGCCUGGCGACAGCAUCCGGGGACCAACAAACAAGUUUUCUCUCACCUUUCUGUGUCUCAAGCUCACACUUUCCCUCUCCCCAUGCCUUCCCUCGUCUCUUUCCCAGGAGGCAGGGUGGACCACCAGCUGACAGAACGGCCAGAGAUUGGGUGGGGGUAAGUCAGUCUGGUGGCGCCCUGGCCUGAAUCUGGUGGGGGAGGAGUGUGAUUGGGAGGAAAUGUGUGGCCAGCCCGAAGAGCAGGAGAGCGAAAUAAAGGGGAGCCGGAGAUGGCAGUUCGAGAGAGAGAGACACUGCAGACGAGACCAAAACUCCACCCACCCAAAGUGGUGCUUGCCAAAUUGGCAGCCAAGCAAGUGAAAAAGACAAGCCCGCUACAUAUCAGUACACCAGACCAGCUUCAGACGUGAACAUGCUUGGGGAGAUGAUGUUUGGCUCUGUUUCUAUGAGCUAUAAAGGUUCAACACUGAAGAUUCACCACAUUCGGUCUCCACCACAGCUGAUGGUCAGUAAGGUUUUUUCAACACGAUUUGGCAGCAGCACCUCUGGAAGUACAAAUACGCUACAAGACAGCUUUGAGUCGAUGAGCCAGACUUUUCCUAGUCACACCGGCAGCCUUGGAGUUCGGCGUGUGCCUAGCGCUCCUCUGCUCUGGUUAGUUCGGAGUGCAUCUUUCUUUGCAGCCCACAGUAAUCCAGUGGACAUGCCAAGCAGAGGACACUGUGAGGACGGAGAUAGUGGUAUUGCCCGCUCAGCAUCUUUAAGCAGCCUUUUGGCCACACCCCUACCAUCUCCUGGCUCCUCCUUUAGCAGCGGCUGUGCCAGCAGUUACCAACGGCGAUUGCUCCGAAGCCAGGUUACCAGUCUCCAACACGGCCCCAUGCCUCGCUGGAGCACUGAAGAAAUGUUUAACCUGUCUGAUGAGAGCUGCAGUUCUAACCCUGCCAUGAUCCAGAGAAAAAAGAUUGCGGUCAGCAUCAUCAUCAGCCUGCCGGAGAAAGAAGAGGAAAACCACAAUUUUCAGGAAUUCUUCUUCUCCCACUUCCCUCUCUUUGAGUCUCACAUGAACAAACUCAAGACUGCCAUCGAGAGAGCAAUGAUUGUGUGCAGAAGGAUAGCAGAGUCCAGCCAGCGAGUGCAGGUGUAUCUGUGUCGAGUGAUGGAAGCACUUGGAGAAUUCAGGAUGACAGUCUGGAACCUUUACAUGGCUCCACGCAUCAGCGAGCCUGUCUGGCUCACCAUGAUCUCCCAGAGUGCUGAGCGAAACCUGCUGUGUCAGCGUUUUCUAAAGGAAAUGAGUUUGCUGAUGGAACACGGAGCCAAGAACCAGUUUCUCUCAGCUCUCCUUACAGCGGUUCUUACGCAUCACUUAGCCUGGGUUCCCACGGUAAUGCCCAGCAACCUCCCGCCAAUCAAACCUGCCUGCCACAAACCUUCCUCUCAGACAGUGGAUCUGUUGGCAAAGUCUCAUCCGUACAACCCUUUAUGGGCUCAAUUAGGUGAUUUGUAUGGUGCUUUGGGCUCUCCAGUGAGAGUGUGUCGGACUGUGGUUGUGGGACGCAGGAGGGAGCUGGUCCAGCGAGUCUUGUAUGUUCUUUCCUACUUCAUUCGCUGCUCAGACCUGCAGGAGCAUACACAACCCCAAGGACAGAUGGGCAAUCCAGCCAAUCCCUGCUCCUCUCAAACCCCCGAUGUCACCCCUGCCACUGAAAUGACCAGUGAAAAAACUGACUCGUCAAGGCCCAUCCCCUGUGCUACUAGAACCAAUGAGAUGGCACUGGGCUCUGGCUUUGUUAGUUUAAAUCCAGACAUGCGUUGGGAACAAAAUUAUGGAAGAACGUUUUUCACUGAUACAAAAUCAACAAAUCCUUCACCCUGUCAGGAAUCGACCACUGUUAGACCUGAACGUACAGAGAUUGGCCAGGAAUGUUUUGGAGAAGACAUUGAUUCUGUUGGAAGCGGAUUAGAACACAUUUUGGCCUGUCAGAGUCCUCUUCCCCAGAGGGUUCAGUUUCACAUUGGCAGUCCCAGAGAGGCAGAGAAUGAUGGACAACCAAGGGGUCUAACUGGGAUGGGGUGUGGGCAGGGAUUAGACAGGAAGUUGCAUCAAAGGCUUUUGACUGACAUACGGAGGAAUGAGAGUUCAGACAGUGCUCUAGGUGAAAGUGAUGAGGAAGAAACAGCACCACGACAACUGUUCAUGGUUACAGAUCAAAAUUAUCAUCAAGAGUAUGAGUUACCACUGCCAAGUUGUCAGGUGGAGAGUCGAGCCAGUGUUAAUCAUUUUGGACGCUCUUUGCUGGGGGGUUACUGUCCUCAGUACAUGCCUGACUUUGCUUUACAUGGCAUCAGUUCUGAUCUCAGGCUCAAACAGUGCCUUAUGUCUGACCUGGAACACACUGUUCUCCAUCCGGCACUGGAUGAGCCAGUGGCCGAGUCUCUGUGCAUUGUGGCGGACACAGACCGGCUGAGCGUGCAGGUGGCGACGAGUCAAAGACGCACGUGUGAGGGCGGACGGUUAGGCAGAGACGUGAUGGUGUCCAACCUCAUACACACGCUCAUCACAUCAGUUUUGCAGCUGUAUGCACUCAACAUUCCAGCUGAUUUUUGUGUGAUGCAUUUGGAAGACCGGUUACAGGAGGUGUACUUUAAGAGUCGGUCCUUGGCAGAAUAUCUGAGAGGACAAACCAGGGUCCAUGUUAAAGAACUGGGAGUGGCACUUGGGAUUGAGUCCAGUGACAUUCCAUUGCUUGCAGCAGUGGCCAGCACACACUCACCCUAUGUGGCCCAGAUUCUUCUUUGACUGCAGCAAGCAAGAUAUAUUUAAUUUGAAGGACCAAUCAAAAUGUGUACCUGUUCUACAUGGACCAGAAAAAAUCUGAUCGUUAUCAGAUUAACACGCCAAUCUUGAUGCGCUGUGCUCGACAACCAAUUUAGAGCCCAAACCCAGCCUUUAAUAUACCAAUCAGAAUGCCUUGUUUGUCCAGCUGACGGUGUGUAUGUAGGUGUGCCUUCUAAGUAACAGAUAUGUAAAUAUGACCACCUUCUAGACUGGAUCAUACACCACAUUAAGACACUUGUUUAAUGCUUACCUUAUGUCUUUUCAGAGAUUUUAUUUAAUGUCUUUUUAAGUCUUAGAUGAAAGAGAAGGCUGGAGACAGCAAAUAUAUUUGAUAAAGAACAUCUCUAAAAGCAUUAUGAAGUAAGAUUUAUUUAUAUGAGUCUCAAGGAAGCAACCUUUUGUAUUAGCAUCAGUUAUCAAAUUCUUAAAUAAUUCUGUGUUAGAAGUUUUGUGUGUUUGUUUACGCGUGUGUGUGUGUGUGUGUGUGCUUAAAUCCCAGAAAGAUGGGAGAAUGUUUACAGAAUGGAAGUAUAGGUAGACUGUGUGUGAUACUAAACGUUGUUACUGUAAUUACUGUUCAUUGGACAGUCCAUAGAUUAAUCUUAAUCUGGUGCUAUUAGAGUGUUAAUUGUGUCAAAGGCUUACUACAGUAUAUACUUUUAGCUCUGCCCUUGCAAAUGCUUUUAUAUUUUUUCAGUGGCACAUUGCACUGAAGGGCACACACAGCAUUAGAACCAUAAGCUUGUGACACAAGAAAGUGAACUGUACCUCUGUUUUGUGUUUAUGGUUCCAGUUAAAAGAUCUAGAGAAAGAUUUUUUUUAUAUAUUUUACAUGAAAUCUCUACCUCAAAUAAAUUAAAGUGGUCUGAGCAGAAUUUAUGGGAUUGAUCUGUCAGUUUUACAGUGUGCUGAACUCAAUGAGUAAACACUCUGAAUUUAGCUGCAUUUAAAUGUCUUUUUAAUACAGUAUUUUUCUGAAUUUCCAUAUUGAAUUGUAAUGCCCCCCUUUUUUUUUUUUUUUUUUUUGUCACAUUCAGUUGUCUCGUUUGAGGCUUUACACAAAUGUAUUUUCAUUUUUGGUCCGUUUUGUGCAUGAUGUUGACAUUUUUAGGUUGUGAAUGUGGUUGGGUAUCUUGUCUGUGACAAUGGGGUGUUCUUAAGAACUGAAUGGCUGAUGAAUAAA